UUUUCACUGUCAUUUAUAGUUGGUUUGCAGACUGUCAGGAGUGUGGACGUAUUACGAAGGUCAGUUUGCAGCACGACUUCUCUUGAACGCAGAUAACCAGUAAUACGUCGUUACAACAGUCCGUGCGCAUACGUUGACCAUACCGGACGCGAGACGACCUGCAUGAGAACUCAUUUUAAACGAAGCUAAGUGCUCCAUAGAUGAGCGGGCAUGCUGCAGCCCGUCCCGUCGAAGGUAGUCAAGCUGUCCUCGAGCGCCUUCAGGUGCUACCGAUCGCCGGGAAACACACAUCGUCCGCCACAUCGGCUGUGCCAAUGGAUAGGCAAAAUGCAGCUGGCAUGGACGAACAGAAAAAACACAAACAGAUGGACAGUAUUUCAAACGCUCAAAGAGUUUGGACCAGUUUAUUGUCCGGCGCGAUAGCGGGCGCGUUGGCGAAAACUACGAUAGCGCCCUUAGAUCGUACGAAAAUCAAUUUUCAAAUUUCGAAGCAGCCUUACUCAGCCAGGGCUGCAGUACAAUUUUUAGUGAAAGCUAUGCGCACCGAGGGCCUUCUCAGUCUGUGGCGUGGAAACAGCGCUACCAUGAUCAGAAUCGUGCCAUAUUCCGCGGUACAAUUCACGGCGCACGAACAGUGGAAGAGAAUUCUGAGGGUGAACGGCUCGGAAAGGAAAAAGCCGUGGGCGAGUUUCCUGGCCGGCUCUUUGGCAGGCGUAACUUCGCAGACUAUGACUUAUCCAUUAGAUAUGAUGAGGGCUAGGAUGGCGGUGACGGUAAAGGCUGAGUACAAGACGUUGCGACAGGUGUUCUGGCGUAUCUAUAGAGACGAGGGUAUCCUGGCGUAUUACCGCGGCUUCAACGCCACAAUCCUUGGCGCCAUCCCGUACGCUGGUUGCAGCUUCUUCACGUACGACUUCCUGAAAAACCUAAUGGCUGUGUACACCGUGCCUAUUCCGGGAUUCUCGACCUCACUCAUCUGCGGCGGCAUCGCUGGAGUGGUUGGUCAGACAAGCAGCUACCCACUGGACAUCGUGAGGCGGAGAAUGCAGACAUCGGCGAUCAAGGGGCAGCAUUAUCACACAAUCAAAUCAACCAUCGUGAAAAUUUACACGGAAGAAGGAAUAAUGGCAUUUUACAAAAGCUUAAGCAUGAAUUGGGUCAAAGGUCCCAUCGCAGUUGGAGUCAGCUUUGCCACGCAUGACGCGAUACGACACAAACUUAGGGUAUUUAUUUGUGAAGAUAAGAACACGUAAAAUUAACGGAAUUAAAUCUAGCGUUCAGUAGAACAGCAAAGAUAACGCAUCCAUCAUUUGAUAUAGAUGACACUUUCUACCGAUGGAUAAAUAUGCCAACAUCAACUUCCUUAAAACUGUUCAACGAAAAAGAAAAGAAACUUUGAAAGCACAAAAUAUUGUUAACAAUAAAGCAUUAUUAUAGUAGAUAUAUCAUAAAAAAAGAAAUACGGCGAGAUAAUAAUAGUAUUUUGUUAUUUUAAGAGGGCAUUUCGAGAGGCAGAAAGUCAUUAGUACAAAUUGUUAAAUAUUCUGUAUAUAUUGUUAUUUCAAAGGUUAUAAAGAUCGUUGAAGCUAGAAUGAUGUAAAAUAAUAUAUAUAUAUAUAAUAUGUGCAUGCGUGAGAAAUAAUAACAGGUACUCUCAACACUGUGAUGUUAAAAGCAGGUACAGUUGAAGGGAGAUUAUUUCCAACUUAAGAAAUACAAAGAAAUCAUCUUGCGAGCUCUAUAUAUAAUAAAAGCAAACAAACUGGUAUACUUUAUACUUCCCGAAAGUACGUAUACUCGAAGCACUUGUAAAACUCAUUUUACUUUAAAAAUGACAAUACUCUAGAGAAUUUUCGAGGACACAAUGAUGACACAUAAUAUAACAGGCCGUAUAAUACAAGAAUAUUAUAUUCUCAGAAUAUAAACUACGUUCUCAAAAAACAAUGUUAUUACUCGACUAAUCUUCCGUUUUAUGAUUUAUUCAGCGUUAUGUCUGUACAGAGUGUAGACCUAGAGUCUCCUCCGCAAUUUUUUUUUUUUUUGGAAACGUAGAACGAAUUGAG